AAGAAAACUUCACAAGCAUCAGGCUCCCCUUCGAACCUGCCUCUCCAUCCUCUUUCCCACUUUUUAUCUCCAUCGCUGAGCUGCCCUGCAAAUUUUCCAGCUUUACAUCUUCCUCUUCUUUGAUUCCUUUUGGUUUUCUACACCAAUUCAUCUUUUAUUCUUGUCUGUUUUCCCAUACACAAACAGCAUCAACAACAGUCAAGAUGGCGGCCAACGAUCAGAUGGACAUUGAGGUUGCCGAGCAGAAGCUCAAGAGCAUGGAUCACGCCGAGCAGCACUACUUCAACAGGUACAACCACCAUGGCAUUCACGAGGAGAUGUUGAAGGACGAGGUCAGAACCAAGUCGUACAUGCACUCUAUCGUCCAGAACAAGCACCUUUUUAAGGACAAGAUCGUUCUCGAUGUUGGUUGCGGUACUGGUAUCCUCUCCAUGUUUGCCGCUAAGGCCGGCGCCAAGCACGUUAUCGGUGUUGACAUGUCCACCAUCAUCUUCAAGGCUCGUGAGAUUGUCAAGGUCAACGGCCUCUCCGACAAGAUCACCCUGAUCCAGGGCAAGAUGGAGGAGAUCGAGCUUCCCUUCCCCAAGGUUGACAUCAUCAUCUCUGAGUGGAUGGGUUAUUUCCUCCUCUACGAGUCCAUGUUGGACACUGUCCUCUACGCUCGUGACCGUUACCUGGCUCCCGGCGGUCUCAUCUUCCCCGACAAGGCUACCAUCUUCAUUGCUGGUAUCGAAGAUGGUGACUACAAGGAUGAGAAGAUUGGCUUCUGGGACAACGUCUACGGAUUCGAUUACAGCCCUCUCAAGGAGACUGCUCUUUCCGAGCCCCUUGUCGACACUGUUGACGUUAAGACCGUCGUCACUGACCCCGUCAACAUCUUGACUCUCGACCUUUACACUUGCACCACUGCCGACCUGGCUUUCAAGUCCAACUUCGAGCUCGUCGCCAGACGCGAUGACUUCAUCCACGCCCUUGUCGCCUGGUUCGACAUUGACUUCACCGCCUGCCACAAGCCCAUCCGCUUCUCGACCGGUCCCCACACCCAGUACACUCACUGGAAGCAGACCGUCUUCUACCUCAAGGACGUCCUCACCGUCCAGCAGGGCGAGAAGGUUCAGUGCUCGCUUCACAACCGCCCCAACCAGAAGAACAAGCGUGAUCUUGAUAUCACCAUCGAUUACAAGUUCGAGAACCAAGACCCCACGAGGCAGGCUGAGGGCAGGUGCUUGUACAAGAUGUGCUAGUAAAAUAUUUGAUUGCGGAUCUGCUAGACAAAAGUGUCGAAUCGACGAGUCAAAUGGACGAUGCGAGCUGAGAAGCCGCCCCUUGUCCAUGAGAUCGUCGAAGAGAUGUGGAUGAGCUCACAGUAUUCACGAAGCUUUUGGGGGUAUUGGGAAUUGCACGGCGUCUUAAAAGAGAAGGGGUUGCUUUUUAACCUGGGUUUUGUGUUUUUCAUAUAUUUUGCUUUUUACGAAUUCACUAGCGGGACCAGGGGUUUUCUUAGAUAUCCAGCAGCGGAAAGGAAGCGCGCGCGGAAGAAAGAAGAGACAUAUAUAUAAGGGAACUCUCUUACUCUGUAAUACACAGAGAAAACAUGAGUCAAUGCUUGACUAAAGCACGAUAUCAAAACGCGAUACGUUAGGCCCGCCGGGUUGGGUGCGUGAUUGCCAAAGCAUCCGGAAGAUAACGUCAAUGGAAUGCUUAAUGAUCACAAUGGGAUGCCAUUUG